AUGAAAGGACAGUAUUAUUCACUUAAAAGGAAAAUCAAUACAUCAAGUUAGCUUCUCCGAUCAAAUUAAUUACUAUCACUUGCAGAAACUAAUGAUUAAAUUUAAAAAAAUAAAACUGACUCUUAAUUAUCAAACUCGCACAAAAAAAUAUCAAGAUCAAUAAAUAAUCUUCCAAAGAAAGACCCAAAUUUAGACUUAGCUUUUAUGACUAUAACAAAACCAGAUUCUAGAUAUGAUUUUAGUAAAUUUCCUAAUUUAGAAAAAAAAACAGAUGUUUAAAGAGUGAAUUGGUUUACUAAAUAAAAUAAAUAGAUAGAAUAAUAAUAAAAUUUCUUAGAAUUCUUAAAUGCUACAAGGACAUAAUCUACAAAAAAUUAGACUAAGACUAAAGUUAAUGUUUAACAAAACAAAAUAGAUGAUAAAAAUGAAUUAAAUUAUUGUGACAAGUAUUUUGUUAUUAAAACACCUAUCAAACCAAUUUUAAUUAAACAAAAAAAUACUAGUAAAUGUAAUCAUAUUUAUUUAGAAAAGAACUAAUAAGUAUGAGCUCAACUAUGAGUAGAAUUAAGAAAAAAGCUCUUAAUAGAAACAUGAAUUUAGAAUGUACUAUAAAAUAUAAAUUUAAAUAGAAUUUAUUGAAAAAAAUAAUGAAUUAAGAAGACAUUGUUAAACACAAUAAGAACAUCAAUAUACUUAAAAUUCUAUUUUGGAAUAAUUAUAAAUUAAAAAUAUUCAACAUAUUAAUUUAUAUUCCUCUGUCAAAAGAGGUAUUAAGAAUAACAUAUUACAUAAUCAAUAUAAAAGCGAAAUUAAAGAUCUAAUUGAAUUAGAUGAUGAAUUGACUAUUUAGGAUUAUGAAACUAUUAAAGAAUUAUAAAAGAAAUCUAUUUUUUAAAAUCCUUUUUCAAAUCCACAUCAUAAUGAAAUUAAUCAAUUUAAUUCUUAAUCUAUUGAUAAUAAUACAAAAAUUAAUGAAUAAAAUCAAAAUGAAUAAUUAUUAAUCAUUUAAAAAAGAAAAAAUAAAAUUAAACGUGUAUUGUUAUAAAUCACUUUAUUUUUACAUUGGAUGAUUGAACAUAAAUUAAAAUAUGAAGAUAUUAUUACUGGAAAUGUAUUUUAAACUAAACCUUACUAAAGUGAAAAGUCUAAAUUAUGUUUUCAAAAAGUAAAAGCCAAUGAUAUUGAUCUUGUUAAUUAAUUUAUUAAUCAUAAUAAAUAUCUAGUUUAUGAUUAUGAUAAUUUUAAAUUAACUAUGCUUCAUCAUGCAGUUAUUAGAGAUUAUCCAGAAAUGGCAAUCUUAAUUUUAUAAAAUCAUGCUGAAAUUAAUAGUAAAGAUAUUGUAAUAUUUUUAUUUAUUUUUAUAGUAAGGAAGAACUCCAUUAUUUUAUGCUAUUAAAGGAAAAUGUAAUUAAUGUGUUUUAAUUUUAUUAUAUUACAAGGCAUCUCCAUGGGGAAAUGUCAAAAAUACUUAUGAUAAAUAUUUAGAAUUCUUAGAUCCUAAAGUUAGAGAUUUAUAUAAAAAAGCAAAAACAGUAAUAAAAAAUAAUGAAUAUAUUUUUAGAUUCAUCUUCGUAUGCAAAUACUUAAAGCAUCCAAAAGAGAACAUUAUUGGUCAUAAUAAAAAUUAAUAUUUACAUAUAAAUGAUUAUUCUAAUUUUAUUUUUGAUUUCAUUCUCAUAUGCUCAUGAUUGGGAUGAAAAUACUAAAGUUAAAUUAUUGAAUGAAGAGCAAUAUGAUUUAUUAAGUAAAAAUCAAUACAAAAAUUAUAGAUAAAGAUGAAGGAAUAUUCAUAAUGUUUUAUGCUCCAUGGUGUCCUCAUUGUAUUAAAUUGAUUCCAACAUGGGAAAUAUAAGGCUAAUAAAGCAAUACAGCAGCUGUAAAUUGUGAAUAACAUUCACAACUUUGUUCCAGAUUCAAAAUAAAAGGAUUUCCAUCUUUGAUUUAUAUUCCCCCACAAUCAAAAUUUGGUUAUAAAUUUUAUGGUGUAUUUUUUUACUAUUUUAUAAGGUAAUAGAACUAAUGAUGAGUUUGAUUUAUUUAUUAAAGGAGGAUGGUAAAAGGAAGGCAUUUUAUAAAUUGAAAUAUUAUCAGAAUAUACAUUAGUUGAUUAAAUAAUAGAUUAUCUUAAAGAUCCUAUGUUUAUAGUAUAUAUAAAUUUAAUAAUUUAAGGGUGUCAUAGUAGUGAUGUUAUUUUUAAUUUUUAUGAUUUGUUGUAUGAAUAGAUUAGAUUCAGAGAGAGAAGAGAUAUAAAAAAAUAAAUAAUAAAAAGUACAAAAAAAAGAAGAUUGA